AUGCGUCUCGCUGUUAUCGCCCUGGCCAUCGGCCUCGCGGGCGCAGCCUCUUCCAACCCUCAUCCCAGAUCCUUAGAAUCUCGAGAGUUCUUCGCCCUUCAUAUUGACGCCGCCUCCUCUCCCGAUCAUGUUGCCCGCACCCUAGGUGCCCGAUACGAGGGCCAGAUAGGCCAACUAGAUGACCACUACACAUUCUCAUUACCGCGCGACCAAAGCCAGGAUUUCGCUGCUUUAUUGGACUCAAUAAAAACGAACAGGAAACUCCGUCGGCGAUCCGGUGAAAAUACUGCGAGUGGCGCAGACUCGCUGGACUCCAUUAUCUUAUGGUCAGAGAAGCUUGCGGCUCCUAGGCAACGACUACACAAGCGCGCACCCCCUCCUACAGAUGAUGUCGCCCGACGGUUGAAUGCCGUUCCGGAAAAGAGUCCUUCCGCCCAACAAAAAGAUAUUGUUUCGACUUUGGGAAUUACAGAUCCCAUUUUCGAGGAUCAGUGGCAUCUCUUCAACCCUUCACAACCCGGACAUGAUCUGAAUGUAACGGGCGCUUGGCUGGAAGGAGCGACAGGUAAAGGUAUCGUUACAGCAAUCGUUGAUGAUGGUCUGGACUUCGAUAGCUAUGAUCUGAAGCCCAACUACUUCGCCGAGGGUUCCUACGAUUUCAACGAAAACGGCCCAGAGCCUCGCCCUCUGCUCGAUGACGAUAGACACGGUACCCGUUGCUCAGGAGAAAUUGGUGCUGCAAAGAACGAUGUCUGUGGUGUGGGUGUCGCAUAUGAUAGCAAAGUGGCAGGCAUUCGGAUUUUGUCUAAGCCGAUUGAUGACGUGGACGAGGCUAAAGCCAUCAACUACGAGUUUCAAAAGAAUGACAUCUACUCUUGUUCAUGGGGACCCAUGGACGAUGGCAAGACAAUGGAUGCACCUGGUGUCCUGAUCAAGCGAGCUAUGGUAAACGGUGUGCAAAAAGGCCGUGACGGAAAGGGUUCGAUUUUUGUCUUUGCUGCCGGUAAUGGUGCGCAAUACGGCGACAACUGCAAUUUCGACGGAUAUACCAACAGUAUCUACAGCAUCACAGUUGGCGCUAUCGAUCGACAAGGAAACCACCCUUCAUAUUCCGAAUCUUGCUCUGCUCAGCUAGUCGUUGCAUACAGCAGUGGAUCUGGCGAUGCAAUUCAUACGACCGACGUGGGCCAUGACAGAUGUUAUUCAAACCACGGUGGUACUUCGGCGGCUGGUCCGCUUGCUGCAGGAACUGUAGCACUUGCACUGGGUGUUCGGCCUGAACUGACGUGGCGUGAUAUACAAUACUUGAUGGUAGAGACUGCAGUCCCGGUCAGCGAGGAUGACGGCAGCUGGCAAACUCUGCCAUCUGGUCGAAAGUUCAGCCACGACUGGGGCUUUGGCAAGGUUGACGCAUACUCAUUGGUCAAAAAGGCUCGCACUUGGGAGAUGGUGAAACCACAGGCAUGGUUUAAUUCGCCCUGGUUGCGAGUACAUCACGAAAUUCCCCAAGGAUCGCAGGGACUCAUCAGCAAAUUUAAUGUCACUGCUGAUCAGCUAAAGAGUUCCAAUUUCGCUCGACUAGAACAUGUUACUGUUACUAUGAACAUCAACCAUUCUCGCCGCGGUGAUCUCAGCGUGGAGCUUCGCAGCCCAUCUGGAAUAAUCAGUCACCUUAGUGUUGCUCGCAAAUACGAUGAGGCGAAUAUUGGAUAUAUUGACUGGACUUUCAUGUCCGUUGCUCACUGGGGCGACUCCGCUGUCGGUGAGUGGACAGUUGUUGUAAAGGAUACUGAGGUCAAUGGCUUUACUGGUGAUUUCGUUGACUGGAGACUCAAUCUCUGGGGUGAGGCCGUUGAUGGGUCUAAGCAAGAGCUUCACCCAUUGCCUGAUGAGCACGACGAUGAACAUCCCUACGAGGAAGCUCAUGUGGCUACGACAACCGUGCAGCCUGCGCCAUCAAAGACCGCUGUCAGCAAUCCGGAUGAUCAUCAUGAUCGGCCGGUGAACUCGAAGCCUGGGGAGCCCACACCGACCCAAGCCGCUGAUGAGGAGCUUGACGUUGUCCAUGAUGGUACCACUGCCAGCGGUACUUCCUCGCCUACUAGCACUGCCGUAUCUGACAACUACCUUUCUUCUUAUCUCCCAACAUUUGGUGCUUCUAAGCGCACUCAAGUUUGGAUUUACGCAUCUCUAGCCAUGAUCAUCGUUUUCUUCAUUGGUUUAGGUGUAUUCUUCCAACUGCAGCGUCAGAAACGCCGUCGCACCAGCCCCCAGGAUGACUACGAAUUCGAGAUGAUUGACGACGAAGACGAAAUGCAUCCUAUGACUGGAGGUGGUGGACGCACUCAGCGCCGCGGUGGUGAACUCUAUAACGCGUUCGCUGGAGAGAGUGACGAGGAGAUGUUCAGUGAUGAGGAGGAGAAACCGUACCAUGAUGGUUUAACCAACAUCCCAGAGAACGAUGACGAAGAUGGCCACUUGCUUUCUGAGAAGCAGUAA